AUGCCCAGGACUGGGCUCUGUGGCUGCUGGGGUGGCCGGGCACUGCCCCUCCUGCUGGCCUACAUCAGCUACCUGCUGCUCGGGGCCACUGUCUUCCAGCUGCUGGAGAAGCAGGCGGAGGCCCAGUCCAGGCACGAAUUUCAAUUUGAAAAGCUGCGCUUCCUGGAGAACUACACCUGCCUGGACCAGCGGGCCCUGGAGCAGUUCGUGCAGGUCAUCAUGGAAGCCUGGGUGAAAGGCGUGAACCCCAAAGGCAACUCCACCAACCCCAGCAACUGGGACUUUGGCAGCAGUUUCUUCUUUGCAGGCACGGUCGUCACCACCAUAGGAUUUGGGAACCUGUCACCCAGCACAGAGGCAGGCCAGGUCUUCUGUGUCUUCUAUGCCCUGGUGGGCAUCCCGCUCAAUGUGGUCUUCCUCAACCACCUGGGCACAGGGCUGCGUGCCCACCUGGCCAUCCGUGAGAGGUGGGAGGACCAGCCCAGGCGCUCCCAGCAACUGCAGGUCCUGGGCCUGGCUCUCUUCCUGAUCCUGGGGACACUGGUCAUCCUCAUCUUCCCACCCUUGAUCUUCAGCCACGUGGAGGGCUGGAGCUUCAGCGAGGGCUUCUACUUUGCUUUCAUCACUCUCAGCACCAUUGGCUUUGGGGACUAUGUUGUCGGCACAGACCCCAGCAAGCAUUACGUCUCCAUGUACCGGAGCCUGACAGCUGUCUGGAUCCUCCUGGGCCUGGCCUGGCUGGCGCUGAUCCUCCCACUGGGCCCUCUGCUUCUGCACAGGUGCUCCCAGCUCUGGCUGCUCAGCAGGGGUCUUGGCCCCAAGGAUAAGUCAGCCCCUGACCCCAGUGGGCUUCCCAGACCUCAGAAAAUACCCAUCUCUGCAUGA